AUGCAAGGAGAGUUUAAUGGUUUGAAGAGUUUAAUAUUGAAAGAAAACAAGUCUGCUUUUUAUGUUCAUUGUUUUGCUCAUCAGCUUCAGUUAGCUCUUGUGCAAAUUACUAAGAAAAAUAAGCAACUUUCAGAAUUUUUUGGUUCUCUUGCAUUGUUGGCUAACGUUAUUGGAGGUUCUUGUAAACAUCAAGAGUUGCUUCGGGAGAAACAAUUUGAGAAGUUAAUGGAACGAGUUUCUUUUGAUAAUUUUGUAAGUGGUAGUGGUUUGAAUCAAGAGUCCACUUUAAAAAGGCCCGGAGAUACACGUUGGAAUUCGUAUUAUUUCACAAUCACGAGUAUGAUUAAAUUGUUUCCUUCGGUGGUUGGUGUACUAGAGUACUUAGAAAAUAAUAGUGAUGAUGUUUCUCAUUGUGGACAAGCCUCAAUGCUUUUAAGGAAUAUUGUGUGUUUCGAGUUUGCUUUUGUCUUGCACUUAAUGAGAUCGAUCUUAGGGAUCACAAAUGAUUUGUCACAAGCACUUCAAAGGAAGGAUCAGGACCUUGCAAAUGCCAUGAAACUUGUUAUUUUUGCUAAAGAUCGACUGCAAGAGUUGAGAGAAGGUGGGUGGGACGAUUUGUUGCGAGAAACUUCAUCCUUUUGUGUUCAAAAUAACAUUCUCAUUCCAAAUAUGAAUGAUGAUUUUGUACUUUACUCGAGAGAUGGCAGAGUAUCGCGAAAAGGUACGCAAAUUACAAACUUGAAUCAUUAUAAGGUUGAUGUGCUUUAUACAGUGAUCGAUCUUCAACUUUCAGAAUUGAAUGAUCGUUUUGACAAUACUAAUACGGAGUUACUUAGUAUGAUAUCAUGUUUUGAUCCAAGUAAUUCGUUCUCUGCAUUUGAUAGAAAGGCUUUGGUGAAAUUAGCUGAAUUUUAUCCUGAAGAGUUUGAUGAUAAUGAUCUUGUAGCCCUUGAAAACCAGCUUGAGAAUUAUAUCAGGGAUGUUAAAAGUGAUCAAGAAUUUUCAAAUAUGAGUGGAGCUAGCAGGCUUGCUGAGAAGUUGGUUGCCAAGAGAAAAAAUGUGACUUAUCCAUUGGUGUACUUAUUAUUGAAGUUGUCAUUAAUUUUGCCGGUUGCAACCGCAUCAGUUGAAAGAAUAUUCUCUGCAAUGAAGAUUGUUAAGUUGGAGCUACGCAAUCGAAUGGGGGAUCAAAUGUUGAAUGAUGUUUUGGUGUCGUUUAUUGAAAAAGAUAUAUUGAACGGCGUUAGUAUUGAUGAGGUGAUGAAUUUUUUUCAAGAAAUGGGACCACGCCGAAAGAUAUUCUAA